CGCCCUCAGAGCGGAAGUGCCUGCCAAACGGAGGGACGGCGCUGAGCUGGCGCUGGUUUGCCUCGCGCGGGGCUCGAGCGUCGCUGUCAUCGCUUCAGCGCGGGAGGAAAGUUGGGCUCGCGCUCCCCUUCGCAGGCGGCGGCGGCGUCUCGGAUGCGGCGGAAGCAGAAGCGGCUGCUGCAGGCAGUGGGGCUGGCGCUGGCCGCCCUCGUCUUCCUCCCCAAUGUGGGGCUCUGGGCGCUGUAUCGGGAGCGGCAGCUGGAUGCCGCCGGCGAAGGGCGAGGAGGAGCGGGAGGCGGCGCUGCGGGGGGAGCCCGCGGGGGGGCGCCGCCAGGAGCAGCCGCCGCAGCCCGAGAGGAGGCGCAGGGCUUCCAUGCAAGACAAAGGAAUGAAGCUUACCUUGGUAACCAACAAAGAAAAAAAGACUGGCAUGACAGAAAAGCUAUAAAGAAUGAUUUGCAGAGAACAGGAAAUGGAGAACAAGGAAAACCAUAUCCUAUGACUGAUACUGAGCAAGUGGACCAGGCAUAUAGGGAAAAUGGUUUUAAUAUUUUUGUGAGUGAUAAAAUUUCUUUAAACCGUUCUCUACCAGAUAUACGACAUCCAAACUGCAAUAGCAAGCUAUAUCUGGAACAACUUCCCAACACCAGUAUAAUAAUCCCAUUCCACAAUGAAGGAUGGUCCUCACUUCUUCGAACAGUACAUAGUGUUCUCAAUCGUUCUCCUCCUGAACUGAUAGCUGAGAUUGUGCUGGUGGAUGAUUUCAGUGAUAGAGAGCAUCUCAGAAAGCGCUUGGAGGAUUAUAUGGCCCAGUUUCCAAAAGUUAGGAUUCUUCGAACUAAGAAGAGAGAAGGGCUAAUAAGGACUCGAAUGCUCGGAGCUUCUGUAGCAAUAGGAGAUGUUAUUACCUUCUUAGAUUCCCACUGUGAAGCAAAUGUGAACUGGUUGCCACCUCUCCUAGACCGCAUUGCUCGAAAUCACAAAACUAUUGUUUGUCCAAUGAUUGAUGUCAUUGAUCAUGACCAUUUUGGCUAUGAAACACAAGCUGGAGAUGCAAUGCGAGGAGCAUUUGACUGGGAGAUGUAUUAUAAGCGAAUCCCAAUUCCAUCUGAAUUACAGAAACCUGAUCCCAGUGACCCUUUUGAGUCUCCAGUUAUGGCUGGAGGACUGUUUGCAGUUGAUAGAAAAUGGUUCUGGGAACUUGGAGGCUAUGAUGCAGGCCUAGAAAUAUGGGGAGGAGAGCAGUAUGAAAUAUCAUUUAAGGUCUGGAUGUGUGGAGGUCGCAUGGAAGAUAUCCCUUGUUCUCGAGUCGGCCACAUUUAUAGAAAAUAUGUCCCUUAUAAGGUUCCAACAGGAGUCAGCUUAGCUAGGAACUUGAAACGAGUGGCUGAAGUAUGGAUGGACGAAUAUGCAGAAUACAUUUAUCAAAGAAGACCUGAAUAUCGACAUCUGUCAGCAGGGGAUGUGGCUGCACAGAAAGAACUUCGUAUUAAACUGAACUGCAAAAGUUUCAAGUGGUUUAUGAAUGAAGUUGCUUGGGACUUGGGAAAGUUCUACCCACCUGUGGAACCUCCAGCAGCUGCCUGGGGAGAGAUCCGUAAUGUAGGGACCGGUCUUUGUGUAGAUACAAAGCAUGGGACCUUAGGUUCACCACUAAGAGCUGAAACCUGUGUGAAAGGUAGAGGAGAAGCUGCAUGGAGCAAUGUGCAGGUAUUCACAUUCAGCUGGCGAGAGGAUAUCCGUCCAGGAGACCCUCAGCAUGCAAAGAAAUAUUGUUUUGAUGCUAUUUCCCACAACAGCCCAGUCACCCUUUAUGACUGUCAUGGAAUGAAAGGAAAUCAGCUAUGGAAAUAUCGGAAAGACAAGACACUUUAUCACCCAGUAAGCGGCAGCUGCAUGGACUGUAAUGAAAGUGAUCGAAAAAUCUUCAUGAACAUGUGCAGUCCUUCAUCUCCAACCCAACAAUGGAUAUUUGAACAUACGAAUUCAACAGUCUUGGAAACCUUUAAUAAGAAUCUUGAUCUUUAAAGACAUUAUUUAUAUGUAAAUAUUACAGUCAUAAUUUUUACAGGAGAUAUGACAAUUUUUUAAAAAAUAAUUUUCUAAAAAAUGAAAAAGGAAGAAUCUCAGGAGAGAGUGACUAUCAGGCCAGUCUUUACUUUGAUGAUGCUGCAUGUAUGUCUCUAGAUAAUUCAUCCCCAUUAGCAAGAAGUCUAGAAAUCUGCAUUGUUAUAACUAUGCUACAUGUAGACAAUCUGUGAAGUGUAUAGAGGGACACAGUUAGAAUUCAAAAAUGAAUUCAUGAGAAAAUGUCCUUUAUUCAAAUUUUAAUUAUCCAAUUUCUUAAGUUUUGUUUCCUUUUUCAGUUCUUAGUUAAGAAGCUGCAAGAAUGAAACAUUACUGAAAAUGUUUAAAUAACUGAAAUAACUAAACAUCAGGAAACAUGUAGAUUACAGUAAAAUGUAAGAAUACACUUAUUAGUGUUAUUCUUGCACACCAUAACUUAUAGUAAUAAUAGCAGUAAAUACUGUACAUGACCAGUUGCCAUUUUUACUUGAAGUUUUUUUCAUGGUGGGCAUGAUUAAAUAAUAUAUAAUGAUCAGUAUAUGUUUACACAGUGUUCACAGAUAUGAAUGCCAGAUAUCUGUGAUAACAGAUAGGCAUUGGACAAGCCAUAUGUGGCAAGUUUAAGAAUAAAGUCAGAUUUUAACUAGGAAUUUCCUAAUGUAUACUCCUAAUCAGGUUACAAUACUGGCCCUUACAUCUAUGGUAAUACUAUCAAUAAUCCAUUAGAAACUGACAGAAAUUAAAUCUUAAGUGGACAGUGAAAAUUUUUGACUUCUCUGCAGCAAUAUAAUACUUGUAAUUUUUUUGCCAAAUAAAUUGACAUAUUAGUA